UCCAGGGCCGCAGGAGCGCUCGGCGGGGCGGACGGGCAGAGGCAGUCGGUGGUGGGGGGAGAGGGGCUCCCACGGUCGGGCUCGGGGGUCCCGUUUGCGGCGCGUCCGACGGCCCAGGCCGAGCCCGGAGUGCUGCCAUGGGCCCGGGGCCCCCGACGGCCGGAGCUGGGGCGCCCCCGCGGCCGCUGUCCCUGACGGCGCGGCUGAGCUACGCCGUGGGCCACUUCCUCAACGACCUGUGCGCGUCCAUGUGGUUCACCUACCUGCUGGUCUACCUGCACUCGGUGCGCGCCUACAGCUCGCGCGGCGCCGGGAUUUUGCUGCUGCUCGGCCAGGUGGCCGACGGGCUCUGCACGCCUCUGGUGGGCUACGAGGCCGACCGCGCCGCCGGCCGCUGCGCCCGCUGCGGGCCUCGCAAGGCCUGGCACCUGGUUGGCACCAUCUGUGUUCUGCUCUCCUUCCCUUUCAUCUUCAGCCCCUGCCUGGGCUGUGGGGCAUCCACACCUGAGUGGGCCGCCCUCCUCUACUACGGGCCCUUCAUUGUCAUCUUCCAGUUUGGCUGGGCCGCUACACAGAUUGCCCACCUCAGCCUCAUCCCCGAGCUCGUCACCAAUGACCACGAGAAGGUGGAGCUCACAGCUCUCAGGUACGCCUUCACUGUGGUGGCCAAUAUCACUGUCUAUGGUGCUGCCUGGCUCCUGCUCCACCUGCAGGCCUCUGCAAAUACGGGGCCCACCCCGGAUGUCAGUGACCAGCUGGGGGUCCAAGAUGUGCCAGUAUUUCGGAACCUCUCCCUUUUGGUGGUGGGCAUUGGUGCCAUCUUCUCACUGCUGUUCCACCUGGGCACCAGGGAGGGGCGCAAGCAGCUGGUGGAGGAGCCGGAUGAGCACAGCCCCCUGUUGGCCCCCACCACGGCCCGGCCCUUGCUGCUCUGGAAGCACUGGCUGCGGCAGCCGGCCUUUUACCAGGUGGGCUUCCUGUACAUGAGCACGCGGCUCAUCGUGAACUUGUCCCAGACGUACAUGGCCAUGUACCUCACCUACUCCCUCAACCUGCCCAAGAAGUUCAUCGCCACCAUCCCACUGGUGAUGUACCUCAGCGGUUUCUUCUCCUCCUUCCUCAUGAACCCGAUCAACAAGUGGAUCGGGAGGAAUAUGACUUACUUCGUGGGCCUUCUGGUGAUCCUGGCCUUUGCGGCCUGGGUGGCAUUGGCAGAUGGGCUGGGUGUAGCUGUCUAUGCAGCAGCUGUGCUGCUGGGCAUGGGCUGUGCCACCAUCCUUGUCACGUCACUGGCCAUGACAGCUGACCUCAUCGGCCCCCACACGCACAGUGGAGCCUUCGUGUACGGCGCCAUGAGCUUCUCGGAUAAGGUAGCCAACGGGCUGGCAGUCAUGGUCAUCCAGAGCCUAUACCCCUGCUCCUCGGAGCUCUGCUGCAGGGCCUGCGUAGGCUUCUACCACUGGGUGAUGGUGGCUGUGACAGGCGGCGUAGGUGUGGCCGCCGCCCUCUCUCUCUGCAGUCUCCUCAUCUGGCCCAUCCGCCUGCGGAGUUGAGUCCCUGGAGCUCAAGCCUGACAUUCCCAUAUGGCCUCCUGCCCUAUGCAAAUGAGCUGCAACUGCACAUUUCACGCCCUGCUCCUCAGGUGCCCACCUUCCCCUUGCCUGGCUGCAGGGAUGGUGGGUGAGGACAAGAGG